UGCCACGUGGAGGCCAGUGUUACCAGACCUUGCCACGUGGAGGCCAGUGUUACCAGACCUUGCCACGUGGAGGCCAGUGUUACCAGACCUUGCCACGUGGAGGCCAGUGUUACCAGACCUUGCCACGUGGAGGCCAGUGGUUCGUCUUUAAGGUCCCCCCCCUCGCCUUCCCCAGGUCAGCCUCGCCUCUCUCUCUCUCUCUGCCUUCCAGCCUCAGCCUUCCCCAGGUUCAUGUAUCCAGGAAUCCAUCUGUCUGCCUCCGGAUGUUUUCCCUUCCUCACUUCCCUAAGGUCAGCCUCACAAACCUGUUUUCUUGCUGUCCCCAGGUUCAUGUAUCCAGGAAUCCUUCCGUCUACCGCCGCAUAUCUUCCCUUCCCCACUUACCCAAGGUCAGCCUCAACUGCAUGUAUUCUUGCCUUGCUAAGGUUCAUGUAUCCAGGAAUCCAUCCGCUCGCUCCGGAUGUCUCCCCUUCCCCACUUACCUAAGGUCAGCCUCAACGACAACCUUCCUCAAGUUCAUGUCUCCAGGAAUCCAUCCGCUCGCUCCGGAUGUCUUCCCUUCCCCAUUUCCCUAAGGUCGGCGGUGCCUUCCCAGGAUCAGUGUCUCCAGGAAUCCACUUAUGUCACCUCAGGUGAACUCCCUUCCCCACUUCCCCAAGGUCAGCGGUAUUCUUGCCAUUCCCAGGAUCAUGUAUCCAGGAAUCCUUCCGUCUACCGCCGGAUAUCUUCCCUUCCCCACUUACCCAAGGUCAGCCUCAACUGCAUGUAUUCUUGCCUUGCCAGGUUCAUGUAUCCAGGAAUCCAUCCGCUCGCUCCGGAUGUCUCCCCUUCCCCACUUACCCAAGGUCAGCCUCAACAACAACCUUCCCCAAGUUCAUGUAUCCAGGAAUCCAUCCGCUCGCUCCGGAUGUCUUCCCUUCCCCAUUUCCCUAAGGUCGGCGGUGCCUUCCCCGGAUCAGUGUCUCCAGGAGUCCACUUGUGUCACCUGAGUGGACUCCCUUCCCCACUUCCCCAGAGUCAGCGGUUGCCACCUUCAGUGACCUCGCUGCAUGGAAACUUGGUCUUGUCUAGCUGGUCUACGGUAGAGACUGUCCAGGUGGGUGGAAUUACUGGAGGUGACACACACAGAAAACUGCGUCCAGUAAUUACACCCAUCAAGACAGCCGCGACCGUAGGUCAGCUAGACGCCACCAAGCUGCCUCACAGUUCCGCCACCUCCGAGAGGCUAAUUAACAUAAAUUUUGGAAAUCCUUUUAUGUUACACUAUGAAAAUAUACUGAGAACAAGUUGUUUUUUUACUUAUUUAGCUGUUUAAAAGUAUUUGUGAGUGUUUUAUUAUUGCAGAUGAAUACCCAAAUAUUGGUUAAUUUGUCCACCACCAUCAUAACUAUGUUAAAUAUUACACUGCUUUCAUUUUUGUUUAUUUAUCCGUCUUUUACAUUUUGCACUGAAAGCCUAACAAGCACAGAAAUUGUUUGCAUACACAUAUAUAAGUAUUUUCACAAAUAUUUAUACGUUUAAACACAUUCACCUUACUCAUACAUCAUUAUACAUACACUUGCAUACAUAAAAAAUCACACGCAAUCCCAUGUACUACAAAUACGCACACA